UUGGUGAGUUUUUGGGGGAAUUAUAAUCCAAAAUCUUUUGGUUAAUUUUGUUUCACAUAUUUUCUGAAAAAAAAUUUGUUUUUCUUAAAGAAACUUGAAUUGUCCUUGGUCACUUAUAACAAAUAUAUAAAGGAGCAAGAACAUGACGAGAGAAGGAAGAAACAAUCGAAUAUGCUGGAAAAUGUGUCAUUUGAAUAUAACAAGAGCUAUCCAGCGAUCAAGAAAUCAUCGAGAAAUGAAUCUGGAGAACCUGCUCAUAAAGUAUCCAAGGUAAUAUUUAAAAUUCCGUUUUUUGAGUUCUAAAUUAAAAAAUCCAUAAAAAAUUUUUUUUUUAUUUUGUUUUUGAAAAAAAAUUUUCCCUUGUAAUUUUGGGUUCUUGAGAAAUUAUUCAGUCCUGUUUAAAUUUCAUUGAAUUUCCACAUUUUUUGAGAAAAAGAUGCUUAUCAGAGCUCAUAAAAUGGUAUUUAUGAUCACCAUAAAACAAGAGAAUUGUUUUCAGAUUGAGACGAAAACGCCGGCCGCUGUUCCUGUUCCUGUCUCCCCACCACAACAAAUUCAACAAGAAUUGGUGAUUGAAGAACAAGAACCGGAGCAGCCCGAGCUGAGAGUUGAAUCUGAAGAAGCUCCUCAAACUGAAAAAGAAUCCGAAUCGGAAAAGCGAAGACAAUCGAGUCGAAAAAAGACACCGAAAAUUUUUGAUGAUUAUGUUGCCUAA